UCGCCCGGUCGCUGAAACAGAAAGGGGAAAAAAAAACAAGAGGCUGGGCUCAGCCCUUCAUUCCGCGGCGGAGGCAGCGGCGGCGGCAGCAGCUCCGGCGGGGAGGGGGCGGCGGAGGCGGCGGAGCGGCCAGGGCACCCCGGGCCCGCUGCCGGCACGGCCCCGCGGGCUCCGCGGGCGUGGAUGGCUGCGGGGCUCGGCUCUGUCCCCCUGCCGCGGCCCGGCUGCUGAGCAGGACGCACGGGAAGGACCUCCCGGAGGAGCCCGGCGGCACCGAGAUUUUGUCUGGGAACAUGGCUGGCCAACAUGUCCUUCCUCAGGCUUUAUAUCAGAGCAAUAUGCUGAAAGCUGUGAAGAUUAGAGAGAGAACACCUGAAGAUCUGGUCAAACCCCCCAAUGGAAUAAUUCACCACUUCAGGACUAUGCACAGAUACACCAUAGAAAUGUUCAGAAUGUGCCAGUUUUGCCCUCAGUUUCGGGAAACGCUUCAGAAGGCGCUGACUGACCAGGCCACCCAGACUUCACUGGAGCGCCAGAGGAAGCUGAACUGGUGCAUGGAAGUCAGGAGACUUGUGCCUUUGAAGACUAAUGGUGAUGGAAAUUGCCUCAUGCACGCUGCAUCUCAGUACAUGUGGGGUAUUGAAGAUAUUGACCUUGUCUUAAGAAAAACGUUGUUUAGCGCCCUCAGGGAGAUUGAUACGCGGAACUUCAAGCUGCGCUGGCAGCGGGAGGCUAUUAAAUCCCAGGAGUUUGUAGAGACAGGACUCCGCUAUGACACCCGGAACUGGGAGGAAGAGUGGGAAUACCUCAUUGAAAUGACUUCUCCAGAAACAUCUGGGGCUCGAAACAGGCUUCCUUAUAACGCACUGGAAGAAAUCCACAUCUUCAUCCUUGCUAACAUCCUCAGAAGACCAAUCAUUGUCCUCGCAGAUAAAGUGGUGAGAAGUUUAGAGUCAGGCUCCAGUUUUGCUCCUCUGAACGUUGGUGGUGUUUACCUGCCACUCCUUUGGCCAGCUGAAGAAUGCUACAGAUACCCAAUUGUGCUUGGCUACGACAAUAUGCAUUUUACACCUCUAGUGACCCUGAAGGACAGUGGGCCAGAAAUCCGGGCUGUCCCUCUGGUCACCAGCGAACGAGGCAGAUUUGAGGAUUUGAGCGUGCACUUUCUGACGGAUGCAGAGGAGAGGGAAAAAGAGCAGCUGCUAAAAGACUACUUGAUAGUCAUAGAAAUUCCAGUGCAAGGCUGGGAUCAUGGUACAACUCAUCUAAUUAAUGCUGCAAAGUUGGAUGAAGGCAACCUACCCAAAGAAAUAAACCUCGUGGAGGAUUACUUUCAACUGGUGCAGCAUGAGUACAAGAAAUGGCAGGAGAAUGCUGAGCCUGCUAGAAGAGAGACCUGCUCCAGGACCAGACAGGAUCUGUCUUUUUCCCAGCUCUCCCUCUUACAGGUGAAAUGUGAAACUCCAAACUGCCCUUUCUAUAUGUCUGUGAACACUCAGCCCUACUGCCAUGAGUGCUUUGAGCGGAGGUCACAGGGAACCAAAGGAAGAAAGCAGGCCUCGAAAGCAGCACCUGAGAAACUAAAAGUAGCUGGAUCAGGCUCAUCCCGCGGUGAAGUUUGUGAACCUGGGGGAUGGAUGUCUGAAGAGUCUGUAGCAGGGCCUCGCUCCGCACCUCCAACUGCUCCAAGCCUCUUCCUCUACAGUGAAACCACUGCCAUGAAAUGCAGGACUCCGGACUGUCCCUUCACCUUGAACGUGCAACACAACGGACUUUGCGAACGCUGCUACAAUUCCAGACAGCGCGCUCCUUGUAACAAUUUGGAUGACCAGAGACAGUUAGACUAUGCCACGUGUAAAGUGUGCCUUCAGAAGGCCAACAGGACCUUUAAUGGCAUAUGCAGCACUUGUUUCAAAAGGACUACAGAGCGCUCCUCAAAUGGCGGCCCUGGUUUUCUGUCCACGUGCCACCAGAGAUCUACAUCUGACCCAUCCCAGAUGUCACCCAGCCUCCUUCAGCAUUCUUGCCAUCAGGCUCCCAACAACUGUGAAGAGCCACCACUGGCACCGCUGCCUCAUGCCCCACACGGUCCAGAAGAGAAGAGGGGAAGUAACCUCUGCAGGAAACCUGGCUGCAAGUUCUUUGGAACUGCUCAGAAUGAGGGCUUUUGCACGCUGUGUUUCUUUGAAUACAGGGAAAACCAUGACAGUGCAUUACUACGCCAUCAGAGGAGAUCUCAGAGGAAUUCCUCAGCAGCUGGUCAGCAAGGGAGCUCUGCUGCAGCCUUCCACAAAAACAUGUCCUGCCAGCAGCGCAACUGUGGCACCCUGGGUAGCACCAUGCUGGAAGGCUACUGCCAGAACUGUUUCAUUAAAGCCCAGAGCCAGCGAUUUCAGGAAGCCAGAAGGACAGAAGAACAGCUAGUGAGACAGCCCGAAAGAACAGGACAGCGCAGAGACUUGCAGCGAGCAGCAAUGACUAGCCAGAAGAGACAGUGUGCUGUGGCUUCGUGUCGGAACAACCUGGCCUGCAGAAGUGAGGAGCUGUGCCAGGAGUGCCAGCGCCGCAGCCAGAUUACGCAGCUGGGGAGUCCCAGGGAGCCAGCUGUAGAUGAGACCCCGAAGCAGCGCUGCCGAGCCCCUGCUUGUGACCACUAUGGCAAUACCAAGUGCAAUGGUUACUGCAAUGAAUGUUACCAGUUCAAACAGAUCUAUGGCUAGCGGAAAGGAAGAGUUGGUGAAGAACAAGAACAAGGUGCCAGCUACUUCCUUAACUGAAAUGGUGCUAUGUCCAAAACACUUAUCAGUCCCGGGAGUGGGAGGUUGGGGGGGGGGGGAAAUAUAAGCUGUCUGCUCUUGUUCCUGUUUAUUCCUGUUCUUGGGAAUAAGUAUUUAAUUCCUCUAAACACUGCAUAGAAUGACUGCUGAGAAGGGCUGGUUGCUUUCUGCACAGAGCUGUCUUUCAUGAAUAAGCUCCUAUCAUGCUGUAUUUAAUUCUUGGACUUCCCAGCAGGAAGUUUGAAGCAUUUGAGUCCAAAGAGCUUCCUGCUUCUGCCUCUUUCUCAAUACCUCCCCUGCUCCCAGACAAGAAACCACAACUACUGUUGGAGGUGUGGGAACUCUGCGUUGACGUAUAUUGGUCAGAGGCAAGUCUUUCCUGAGCGAGGUCUUCCAGGACAAGCUGAUGCAUCUUGCAGUUAAAACAGAGGGUCUCUGAAGAAACUUGCCUUGGUUUCCUUGCUUGUGUUCUUGCAGAACUCAACAAGGCUAGAGCUCCUGCCCCUUUAGGGCAGUAACAGUGAGUGGUUCUGGGUUUGCAGAGCCCUUGGCAAACUAAGCUGCACUCUUGAACAAGACCAGUAGUGGUCUGAUCCUUCAAUACACUUAACCACCAUUAGAUCCUUUCCCAAAUCCAAAGAUAGCUGGAGAGAUAAGACGAUUACAGAAGCACCUUUUAUAACUACGUAUGUGAUGGGAAAACCAAACCCUGCAAUUCCCCUCUCAUUGCCUUCAACAUAUUGAAAAAACCCUGAAGCCCUUCAUCUUAAGCUUCAGUUCUGAAGCCAAAGUAACUUUAUUCUCUUCCCUUAUAAUUGUCAAAAAUACAUAUGCUGCUGUUCAUACCCCCCACUCCCAAUCUCUCACUUCUGUUAUCCUUAAUGUGAUUCUGUUAUCAUGCUUACAGCUUGGAGCUUGGUAAUAAGGUACUUCAGGAUCAAGAUUUCACUCCUGGAGUUCAUGCAUUCUCUUCUCAUUCUGCAGUACCUUAACAAACUCGCCUAUACUGUUGUGCCUGAUACCUGCUUCUCUCCUUUAAUACUUAAGUUUUCAGCAUCUGUUUUGCUGCUACUGUGUUGGAGGUGAUACCUCUUCUAAUUUGCUUCUCAAGUUUAGAAUCUUUUCUAGUUAUUAAAAAAAAAAAAGGUUUAAAAAAGAAAGUUAAAAUAACUCUUGACUUAUUUCUGUUAAAUUUUAUAUAUUUUGUGAACGUUAAUGUGAACAUAAGUUUUAUUAAAAUAUUUAUAUUAUUUCAAACAAUGCAACUUGAAAUUUGCACAUCUAGGAUUUUUUUUACAUAUAUUUACUCCUGUGUUGAACUUUGCAAACUUAAAUCUAUGAUUGAAAAACAUUAUCUGAUAUAAAGAAAUAAAUUAUUGAAGGAUUGAAUUCA